AUGGCGAUUACAGAGCUAAAUGCAGUUAAUAUGAAAAUAAUUGCUUUUCUCUCUCAAAUUGCCCAGAAUUUCGGAUUCCCUUUUCUGACAAUGAUGUCAGGUUCUCCCAGUCCUCCAGGUCCUUCCAUGCCUCUAGAAGCUAUUGGAUCUACAAGCGCAGCAUCUUCAGCUGCAAACAACUACGCUCGUAGAACCGAAGACGCAUUACUACGUGCUGCCUCAAGAGAAGGCCAACCACACCUCCAUCCAAGGAAAAUCAAUGGUGCUUUAUGGUUUGGUAUAGACCCCUGUGUCCACAAAUUCAUCCGGACAACUUGGCAAGGCAACUACAUGGGACCAUGGUCAAGCUGGAAAUUUGUUCCUCAGGAGAGGAAAACAAACUGGUGGCAAACUUUUGUGCAAAACUUUUAUUGGGAGUCUCGAUUUCAUAACCUGGUCUACUUCCUCUGGAAACUGCAUACGCAAACUACAAUCUGUCAGCGCAUCAGCAAGAAGAAGAGGGAAGGUAAGAAACCUAAGUACAUUGAUGAUGAGGAUUGGACUGAACUGCUGGAGCAAUGGGCAACCGAAGCAGCAAUUCAGAGGAGCCAGUCAGCUGCUAAUUCUCGUACAUCAGAUCCUGAUGGCAAAGGGAUGCACAAACAUUGUGCAGGUCCUCAGAACUUUUUAAAGAUUGAGUAUGAUAUGAUGAUUGCGUCUGGUCUUGAUCAACCACCACCUUUCACGGAUCUUGUGCGGAAGACUCACACUCGUAAAGAUGGAACUUUCAUUGAUGAACGAGCUAAGUCCCUUGUACUUGAUGUAGAGGAAGCUGUUACACUGAUUACGAAUGAUGAUGGAUCUCCCACUUCUGUCAACCAAACUGACUCAAGUGAUGCUACUCCUACCCACAUUCUGCUAAACCAAGAAUAUCUCAAGCAGGGUAAGUCAAGCAAAGGACGCAUUUAUGGAAUAGGCAGUGUUCAAUACCGGGAUUUCGAUCCUUCUGAGACUGUCCCAGCUUCUCUUCAACGCAAUCUCGACAUAGACUUGCGUAUCUCUGGCUUGGAAAAGAACUCUGAAACUGUCAACACUAAUGUUGAAACGCUCAAGGCUGACAUGACAACACUCAAAGAUGAUAUGGUUGCCUUGAAGAGUGAGUUCAAGGACGAGAUGGCUGCAGCACGAGCUUCACUAAAUGUGAUUCUACAGGCUCUUGGGGUGAAUUCUGCUACUGUCCAACAGGUUAAUCAUACUCAACCUUCUGUUCCUGCUGCAACACCUAGUAAUCCCACUGCCCUGAAUGCCACAAUGCCUAAUAUUGCCUCGACCUCGACUCCACCUUUGACUCAAGCUCAACAAGCUGACUUUGCUUGA